GUAACUAAACCCACCAACCCCGAUGGCCUGGUCCUGGAAGCUUGGGCCCAGGGCUACAUGGUCGGCUCGUUGAUCAUCAUGGCCUGCAUCACCGUCGCCAACAUGCGUCGCGGCGUGCUGCUGCACAAGCUCAUUCUCAUGGAGCUCAUCUUCGGCACUCUCCAUGGCACGUGGAUCUUUGCCCAUGAACCCGCAUAUGGCUGGUAUCUCUCCAGCACCGCCAUCUUCCUAAACGUCUCAUGGAGUCUACACAACGUCAUUGCGUGGAUGAAGAGCCGGCCUUUCCUGAGCCGCAAAGUCAGCAUCUUCUACAUCGCCACCGUCAUCAUCGUGCAGCCGUACUGGAUCCUCGAAAUCUACGCCAACUUUGCCUACUUCAACAACGUCAACGACAUCUUCCUGAAGACGCGGCCUCUCGAGGCUCUGUUCCGUGACCCAUGGUGGAUCUUCACCACACUGAACCUGGUCUACAACAUCCGGGUGCGGUACGACAUCUCGUUCUCGACGCUGGUGCGGACGUCGCCGCGGUUUGCGAUCCUGCUGAUCGCCAUGGUGCUGAGCAUCGGGUUCAUGGUGGUGGACAUCAUGGCGGUGACGGACGUGUUCUCGGCGCACGCGCUGCCCGACGGCAUCAACCCGUUCUGGAAGCUGUCGUUUGUGUUCAAGUGCCUGACAGACACGAUUGUGCUCGACGAUUUCAAGACGGCGCUGGACCGGCUGCGGCAGAUCAACAUGGGCGCGCUCAGCAGC